AUGCAAGUGUCGAUCGCGUGCACCGAGCAGAACCUGCGGAGCCGCAGCAGCGAUGACCGGCUGUGCGGCGGGGGGGGCCGGGGCCAGGGCCCGGGGGGGGCGGGCAACGGCGGGUACCAGCCCCCCGGCAAAGCCACCCGCCUGGCCGUCGGGCCCCGGGCGCUGGGCCAGAACCUGCCCCACAUCGCCUUCGUCCUGCGGGAGUCCACCGGCCGGGCCACCGGCAUGAACUACAGGAACCUGGGGAAGUCAGGACUCCGCGUUUCAUGCCUCGGGCUUGGUACGUGGGUGACUUUUGGAUCCCAGAUCUCCGAUGAGAUGGCAGAGAACGUGCUCACCAUUGCAUAUGAGAACGGGAUCAACCUGUUUGACACGGCCGAAGUGUACGCUUCUGGCAAAGCAGAAAAAACCUUAGGGAACAUCCUGAAGAGCAAAGGAUGGAGGCGUUCGAGCUACGUUGUCACCACAAAGAUCUACUGGGGUGGCCAGGCUGAGACCGAGAGGGGCUUAUCCCGGAAACACAUAAUUGAGGGGCUCAAAGGUUCCUUACAGCGGCUUCAGUUAGAAUACGUGGACAUUGUGUUUGCCAACCGGAUGGAUGCCAACAGCCCCAUGGAAGAAUGUGACCCGAACUUCCGAUUGCUCUUGCUGGAAGAGAUUGUCCGGGCCAUGACGUAUGUGAUCAACCAGGGGAUGGCCAUGUACUGGGGGACGUCUCGUUGGAGCGCCAUGGAGAUUAUGGAGGCGUACUCGGUGGCGCGGCAGUUCAACCUCAUCCCCCCUGUUUGCGAGCAAGCUGAGUAUCACAUGUUCCAGCGGGACAAGGUGGAGACGCAGCUCCCCGAAUUGUACCACAAAAUCGGGGUGGGGGCCAUCACAUGGUCCCCUCUGGCAUGUGGUCUCAUCACCGGGAAGUACGAGGAGCGGGUGCCGGAGAACUGCCGGGCAUCCAUGAAGGGAUACCAGUGGCUGAAGGAGAAGCUGCAGAGCGAAGAUGGGAAGAAGCAGCAGGCAAAAGUGAAGGAGCUCCACCCCAUUGCCGAGCGUCUGGGCUGCACUGUGGCACAACUGGCUAUCGCCUGGUGCCUGCGUUCGGAAGGGGUCAGCUCCGUCCUCCUUGGCGUCUCCAGCACCGAUCAACUCAUUGAGAAUUUGGGAUCCAUUCAGGUUCUAACCCAGCUGACGCCCCAGGUGGUCCAGGAAAUUGAUGCGCUUCUGGGUAACAAACCCAAUACAAAAAAAGAGUCCCGGGCGUAGGGACACGUUGGCGCCCGGGACGGUGCACGCUGUUGUCCCAACGGACUGCGUAUCCUUCUGCUCCUCUGUGGGGGCUCCUGUCCCCACCAACCUGCUCCUCCCCACAUGCUGUUCCACCAGCUGCUGCCUCUUAAUUUUGUGGGGAGGGCACGGAGGAGCCGCUUCGCGCAUGAACCAAAUAUCCGUGUACUUCCAUGUCGGAUGAAGUGGGAGGGGCGGGAUCGGGGGCU